AGCAGGGGCGGACUGACCAUUUGGAAACUCGGGCACUGCCCGAGGGCCCGGGGUCAGUAGGGGGCCCCAUGAGAUGCCCCUGGUACCUUUUUCAUAGGCUUUUUUGAGUUUGGGCAAGGACACAGGGGCCCCAUGAUCCCCUAUUGCCCGGGGGCCCCAUGAGUUGUCAGUCCGCCCCUGGUAAGGAUAAUCAUAGUGUGUGUGUACAGUCCUAUAGGUGCAUUCCCACUCUGAGAGACAGAAUUAAAAAAAUAAAUUCA